AUGUGCUACACACUUAGUCGCAUAGCUGUGCUGCUCUGUGCUGCUAUAGCGCUGGCAUUCGCCGUGCUCGGCGUAUACCUGCCAUUAUUCGAGAUGCCGAGCCGCAUUGCGCACGCCAUUCAGUCCCUGAAUGCCAGCAUCCAGCGCACCGACUUCAACAUCUCGACGGAGAAAGCAACGCUGGAGCGCUUCGGGCAGCUGGUCAGUGGAGCGCCCGCCAAGAGCAAAAUGACGCUAUGGAGGCUCUCGUAUGGCACAUCGAGGGCUAACACCUCCAUCAACCUUCGUGGCGACUACUUCACCUGCUACCAGGGUAACAUUUUCAUUCAGGCAGCGGAGGGAUUUGCUGUAGUGACGUGUGUUCUGGGUGCAGCGAACCUCAUCAUGUCUGUCUUUCUUUUCUUUUUUGCUCCUGUCGUCAAGUUCCCGCUGGCUGUAUACCUUUUUCUGGCAGCUGCCGCCGCGGUGGUCACGGUUGGCUUCGCACUGAAUCUCUAUCUCCAAGGUUGGUGCAGCGCUGAGUCCCUCAAGGCGUCUGAGUGGAGCUUGUCGCUAGGUUUUGCCUCCUUUGCUAUCUCGUGCGGUGUCUCCCUUACCGCCAGCGUCUUGGUAAUUCUGUCUUAUUAA